AUGGAGGGGAUUCUGCUGAAAUGGACCAACUACUUUUUAGGGUGGCAGCCUCGUUAUUUUGUCCUGGAAGGGCUCUUUCUGACCUACUACCUCUCUAAAGAUGACGUAGGCAAAACCGUUAAGGGGAGCGGGAAGAUGGGACUGUGCGAAAUCCAAGUGCAUCCCACAGAUAGCAGACGUUUUGAGCUGCACUUCUCAGGAGAGCAGAGUUUACAUCUGAUGGUGCAGAAUUUUGGGGAGAGGCAGCGAUGGCUGGUGGCCUUGGGCUCAGCAAAAGCCUGCCUUAUAGACCAGCGCCCUGGGGCAGAGACAGAGCGGACCCGAGCUGCUGGCGGUCUGAGGGGGAAGAUGUCUGAGCUCCAGCUCUGCUGCCACCUGCUGGUGGAACAGGUGCAUGUGCUUCAGGGCUGUGCCCAGCCCAUGGAGGACCAAGCCCAGACCCUGUUAGCCACGUCCUCUGCCCUCAGGAAGACCUGCUCCAUGUUUCUGGGAACUCUUGAGGAGUGCAUGAAAAUAGGCAGCUCUGUGCCUCAACCAUGCGCACUGGCUCCCCCCGUCUCCCCCUCUGUAGUGGGCCGAUCCAGGCUCCAGGACUGA